UGGCCUUACCCGUGCUGAGACUGUAGGCUAGAAUUUGGCGUUUGGACAGACGUAUCACGGGUCUGGAAAUUUCAAAGAAGAGAUGAACUGGGUAGGUGAGGACAAAUGGCAGCCACCAGAACCUCCUGCUGACUCAGCUCUCCUCCCUAGAAUCCGUCAUGGGACUUUGCAAGUGCCCCAAGAGGAAGGUGACAAACCUGUUCUGCUUCGAACACCGGGUUAACGUCUGCGAGCACUGUCUGGUAGCCAAUCAUGCCAAGUGCAUCGUGCAGUCCUACUUGCAGUGGCUACAAGACAGUGACUACAACCCCAAUUGCCGCCUGUGCAACACACCCCUGGCCAGUCGGGAGACCACCCGUCUUGUGUGCUAUGAUCUCUUUCACUGGGCCUGCAUCAAUGAACGUGCUGCCCAGCUACCACGAAACACGGCGCCUGCAGGCUACCAGUGCCCCAGCUGUAAUGGCCCCAUCUUUCCCCCAGCCAACCUAGCUGGCCCAGUGGCUUCAGCACUGAGAGAGAAGCUAGCCACAGUCAACUGGGCCCGGGCAGGACUGGGCCUCCCUCUGAUCGAUGAGGUGAUAAACCCAGAGCCGGAGCCCCUCAAUUCCUCAGACUUCUCAGACUGGUCCAGCUUUAACGCCACCACCACCCCUGUGCAAGAGGAGAGACAGAGCACUUCUGCUGCUCCAGCUUUCUACAGCCAAGUUCCCCACCCUUCUUCCCCGAGCUGUCCCGAGCAGCACACAGUGAUACACAUGGGUAGUACUGAAGCUCUGACCCACGCCCCAAGGAAGGUGUAUGACACUCGGGAUGAUGACCGGACAGCAGGCCUCCACGGAGACUGUGACGAUGACAAAUACCGCCGCAGGCCUGCUCUGGGCUGGCUGGCCCAACUGCUCCGGAGCCGGGCUGGGUCCCGGAAGCGGCCACUGACUCUACUCCAGCGGGCAGGGCUGCUGCUCCUGCUGGGGCUCCUGGGCUUCCUGGCACUCCUCGCCCUUAUGUCUCGACUCGGCCGGGCUGCAGCUGACAGUGAUCCCAAUCUGGACCCGCUCAUGAACCCGCACAUCCGCGUAGGUCCUUCCUGAGCCCACGCUCCUUCCUGGGCCAGCUUAGGACCUAGAGUCCUAGGGAGAGAAAGCAGAUAGGCCUGAGGGCUUUCCUU